AUGAAUUUCGAUUUAAGUAAUAUGCUUGAAAAAUAAAUUCCUGUUAAGUAUGUAACUUACUUAAUGGGUGCUUAUUUAGGAUUUAAAAUUGGGUCCUAUAUUCUGCGUUCUGCAAUAAAAAAAGUCAAAAUCUUUAUACAAAAGAAAAAAGUGAGAAAUUUUAUCCAAGAGAGGAAUCAAAACUUAAAAAAUUUGUAAAUUCCUACUCCAAAUUUGACCUAAGACAUCAUAGACAAAGUAUUGAAUAGUGACAUUACUCAUUUGAAAAAAAUGCUUGAAGCAAAAUCUGUAACCAGUGAGGAUUUGGUUAACAUUUUUUCAAAAAGAGCUUAGUAAUAUGGAGUUGAAUAUGGAAUUAUCACUCAUUUAAAGUACAAAGAAGCUAUAGAAGCUGCUAAAGAAUGUGAUAAACUUAGAAAAGAAAAUUCUCCUCUUUGUUAACUUCCUCUGUUUGGUAUUCCUAUUUCUAUGAAAGAAACAAUAGAUGAAAAAGGAUAUCCUUCUACAGUUGGUUCUAUUUUUAGAAUUGAUCAUAUUCCAAAAGAGGAUGGAUUUUGUGCUAAGCUUUUAAAAUCUGGAGGAGCAAUUCCAUUUUUACGUACAAAUGUUCCAUAAGCGGGUAUGAUUUAUGAGUCUGUAAAUGAAGUUUAUGGUAGAGUUUUAAAUCCUUGGGAUAAAACUAAAUAUUCAGGAGGUUCUUCUGGUGGAGAAGGUGCUGCAGUCGCUGCUAGAAUGUCACCAGGUGGAAUGGGAAGUGAUAUAGGUGGUUCUAUUAGAAUUCCUGCAGCUAUGUGUGGUGUAUAUGGAUUGAAGCCAACUGCUUAAAGAAGCGUUAUGUCAGGACAUACUUUUUAUUCAGAACCUUUCAAUGGAUAAAAAACAGUUUUAUGCGCAUCUGGACCUAUUUGUAAAUCUGUUGAUGACUUGAUCUUAUUCUUUAGAUAGUUGAGUGAUCCUUAAUAUUUAAAAAAGUUUAAAUUGCAAGAGAUAGACACAUUUUUUCCAUUAAUGUAGAUUGAUGAAGCCUAACUCAAUAAUAAUUAAAAACAAAGAAGAUUUGGUUACUUUAAGACUCUUAAAGAAUUUGAUUGCACUCUUGCUAAUCAAAGAGCUGUAGAAAUCUCAGUAGAAAAGCUUAGAGCUUAAGGCCAUUAACUAGUAGAAAUAACUUUACCAAACGUAGAGUAAAUUAGAGAUGGAUUUAUUUAAUUCUUAUUAUCAGAUGAGUUAAUGUGUAUGAAAGAUUUAUUAAGCAAAGAGGAUUUUGUGAAAGAAUAUAUGACUAUUGAGUUUUUUGCCUCUACACCUGUUAUCUUAAAAAGAAUUUUAACAGUUAUAUUCUACUUAAUUGGCGAAAAAACUUUUGCUUAGCUAUUACCCAAUUCCAAUAGACUUAAAGUAGAAGAACUUAAUAAAUUAUAAUAUAACAUAAAUAAGUUAUAGAUUGAAUAUUUAAGAUUGUUCGAUGAUCAUGAAAUUGAAGCAAUUAUCUGUCCUUCAUUUGGUGCUCCUGCUCUUCCUCAUUCUAGCUCUAUUGACUCAGCCCCUGUUAGUCUUUAUACCUUCAUAUGGAACUUUUUGAAUUUCCCUUGUGGUGUUUUACCAGUAACUAAAGUUUUGAAAGAAGAACAACAUUACAAUAAUUCAAGAACAAGAGAAUUGGCUACAAAAAGAUUAGACCAUUACAUGAAGUAAAAUACUGAAGGUCUUCCAGUAAAUGUUUAAGUUGUUGCUCCUCCUUACAAAGAAGAAACAUGCUUGAAUGUAAUGAAAAUGUUAGACGAUGAUAUUCAAUUCUACUAACAUAACUCAUAUCCAGAACUUAAAUGA